CUGCUUUAAUAUUUAAAUAUUUUGGUUUGGUCUAUACAUAACCUAAAACAUCAACAAAGUUUAAAUUUGUAAACAUAAAGCAAGAUCCCGAAAAUAUAGCAAAAUUAAACGAUAAUACUGAUCGAACCACUUAAUUUUAAGCAUUUCCAGCGGAACUUCUUAGUGCACUCAAAAUUCAAUUAUGAACCAACAAUUAUUACUUAUACCACUCACACUUAUAUCACUAAUAGUGAUAAGUGUUGAUGGUUUUCGAUUUUUCCAUCAUGGUAGAGUUCACGGAGGAAAUUUACAAUUGCAUAUCGAUCCAGAAUUAAGAGAAGCACCAAAAAACUUUACCAGAUGGUUCAACCAAAGCCUGGAUCAUUUUGAUGUUGGAAAUUUGGCUAUAUGGCAGCAGAGAUAUUAUGUAAACGAUGAAUUCUUUGACCAAGAAAAUAGAAAUGUGGCUUUCCUCAUGAUUGGAGGUGAAGGUGAAGCUACCGACGUGUGGAUGACUAACGGUGCCUGGGUCGAUUAUGCUAAUCAGUCGAAAGCUUUAAUGUUCCAAUUGGAACAUCGUUUUUAUGGCCAAAGCCAUCCUACGGAAGACCUGAGCGUGGAAAACCUUAAAUACCUUACGAGCGAGCAAGCACUUGCAGAUUUAGCCACAUUUGUAGAUGCCAUGAAUGAUGAGUACAAGUUAAGUUCAGAAGUUAAAUGGAUAGCUUUUGGUGGGUCUUACCCAGGAUCUCUGGCUGCCUGGGCUAGACUCAAGUAUCCUCAUCUGAUUCACGGAUCAGUGAGUACCAGUGGACCUUUGCUAGCUAUUCCCGAUUUUCAGGACUAUUACCAAGUAGUCUCAGAUGACUUAAGGAAUAUUGAUGAAGAUUGUUACACUGCCGUCAAAGUAGGAACUGCACAAAUCGAUCUGCUGCUGCAACAUAAAGUGGGCCAGAGAACGCUGACUUCACUGUUUGAACUUUGUAACCCUCUUGAAGAGAGUAUAGAUAACGACGAUGACAUUUCAAAUUUUUAUGAAAGUUUAGCGGGUAAUUUUGCGGGUAUUGCACAGUAUAACAAAGAUAAUCGCCUCAGCACCCAAGGAACGUUAUUGGGAAACAUAACUUUGGAUACAGUAUGUAACAUAAUGGCAAACAUUUCGAUAGGAAAAGAAGUUGCCCGAUUGGCCGCAUUUAACUCCUUAAUGCUGAAAGCUUCCAAUCAGAGCUGUUUUGAUUUUAAAUAUAACUCAAUGAUCGAGGGUAUGAAGAAUGUUAGCUGGGAGGCCUCUGCUUCUGAAGGCGGACGCCAAUGGACCUUCCAAACCUGCAACGAAUUCGGUUUUUAUCAAACUUCCGAUAAGAAACCACAAAUUUUCGGCAAUAAAUUCCCGUUAGAAUUCUCUAUUAAACAGUGCGUCGAUUUGUUUGGAUCGAAGUUCGAUAGCGAAUAUUUGGACUAUGCCACUCGUCGGACCAAUACGAUGUACGGAGCUUACGAUAUUGAGGUAUCGAAUGUCGUUUUUGUUCACGGUUCGGUGGAUCCGUGGCACGCUUUGGGAAUUACAUCUACACUAAAUCAAAAUGCCCCUGCCAUUUUUAUCAAAGGUACUGCGCACUGUGCCAAUAUGUACCCUCCAACGGAAGAUGACUUGCCUCAACUAAAAGCUGCAAGAGUUCAAAUCGGACAACUUAUUCAGUCCUGGUUGGAUCUGUAGUAAAUCUUUUGUCUAGUCGAUAUUUUCUACACAAGUAUAUUUUAGAUAUUUUGAGAGUUUAUAGCCUCGAAACCGAGAUAUUUCUUAAUAAUUAAUAAGCUUUUGUUUCAAACAUAUUUGAUUGAAGUGAAUAAUAAAACUUGGAAGUUUAGUGAUUACUAUUUUUGCCUAAUGUAUGGUCAUCCUGAGGAUUCAAUCAAUAAGUUGCAAAUUUGCUGAUUAUUAAUAUUUUUAUACUAAUGAUUAGUUUUGAGUUGAAAUAAACAGAAACGAACAUUUCUUUAAAUUAAUAAUUAUUUAACUUCCACAAAAAGAAAUCACUUCAAAUUAAUAUGUUGAUUUUUUUUGUCAUAUUAACAAUUUACUGCAUUUUAAUAUGAAAUUUGAGGAAAUUCAGAAACAAAUCGCGCAUGACAGUAUGCAGGAAAUAAACAUAAAUAUAUUUUUUUUUAAUUAUUAAAGUUGUUUUUUUUUUUGUUGUAGUUAAAUAUUUAUUAAAUUAAUUAAAUAAAAAAUCGGAGCUAUUAAAUGUAGCGUCUUAAAAUUUACAAUUUGCAUAUUUUGCAAGAAGGUGAUCAAUAUGCAGGUCGAAAGGUUGAGUACUUUAAAAAAUUUGCUUUUAUGUUUCCAUUUUUUAAUAAAUUAAAAAACAUA